AUGAACGCCAGACAGCAUGAGCUGAGACUUGUGAGUUUUUGAAAUAUAAAGAAAAAAGUGAUUAUACAAAAAAUUUGAAAUUCAAGUCGAAAAAAAUCGGACAAUUUCCGAAAGUAUUACAUUUUUGGGCUCCCGAGUCGAGAGUUUUCAAAGUGGAACACUUAAACUUUUGAAAAGUAACCUUAAUAUUCAAGAUUUGGUUACAAAACUGAAUAAAUUUCGAAAUUUUACGAAGCAAGUUAUUUUUGUAGAUAACACUUUGAUUUCGAAACCUCUCCAAUUCUAAGAAAAAAAACUGAUUAUCAAGCCCGCAAAACUUUUAUCUGACCCGAUUUUUUGCAGACUGUCGAAUUGCGUCAAGUUUAUGAAGCGGUUCAAAGUAUCAUUCAUGCAGUUUUAUUCCAUCGAACACUGGCAAAGGUGAUUUUUUGGGGGCCAGUUCAAAAAGUGCACAUUUUCGUUUUUACAAAAGAUCAUGUGUUUUCCGUGUGACCCAACCCUUUAAAGAUAAAAAAGGAAAUGAUAAGAUUAUGGAGAAAAAAUGUGGGGUUAGAGAUGAUUUAGCAAAAAAAAAAACAACAAUCGAAUUGAGAAAUCGCGCUCGCAUGCCCUGCGAGGUUAGAUUUAAUCGAAGAAAUAUAAAAGAAAUAUAGAUCGAAGCUGAGAUAUUGGAAUUUUUCGAAUUGUCUUGGAGAUAAUAGAGUUUUGUGAAGUUGUGAAUUCUGUUCUGAAAAUGAUUUUUUAAUCACGGGAAUUUGCAUAGCCUCCAAAUCACGAUUUGAACCAAGGAAUCAAGAUAUGAUCAAGGCAUUUUUUUAGUUUACUUCCCAAAGGGACCUUUUUUCCCCGAUCCAAAAUAUAAAACAUUCAAGAUCACAUGUUCUUUGAACUAUUUCUUUUUUUUUCUAUUUUCUCCUCUUUUUUCUCCGUCUUCCAAUAAUAUGUAUACAUCGAAAAUGUCUGUUUUUUCGUCACAUGUGAAAAAUUGAGAGAAGCAGACGGGUAGAGGAACUGAAUGUUUGUUCUAACUUCUUCUUUUUCUUUUCCCUCUUUUACCAACAGAGGUCGAACUAGUAAUAAUGAACAAAGGAGUAUUUAGAAGGGGGAAAAUUGAAUGGGCAGAUUUUAUCGCGUCGAAAAAAAACACAUUAUUUAUUUACUUUUUGUACAUAGUAGCCAAAAAAGAAGGCUAAAACCGUCUAGUAAGUAGGUGUUCGUUUUUGGUUGAAAAAAGGGGGUUGCGUCAUAAUGAUGACAGGUGCGGGAAGGAUGAGAUUGAAAAAGAAAAACAACCAACACAUUUCAUCAUUUUUCGAGGCGGGGGUGACAAAUAGAUAAUUAGCAGCACACCGCAAAAUGUUCUUUCACCCAGCCAAAGAACUUUUAGGACAUGUCUCUAAAAAAAGGUCACAAAAAAUUGGGGACCCAAGUAAAAACUGUACUCAUAGGGCACUUUUUUUGGAACCACAAAAAAUUGGAAAAGAAAAAAAGUUCAAAAUGGGGAGGAAAAAUGGGUCUGACAAAAGAGAAGGUUUUGGCUAGUAAUUAUCCAUAUUUUUAAAAUUGGUCCCAAUUGUUUUCCGAAAACCCUCUUUUCAACCUGAUUUUUUGCAGUUCGCAUACCAAGGCGAAAAGAACUUCUCGCUUGGCUCGAUUGGCAUCAAAGAAGUCGAAUGUGAUCAUAUUGAUUUGACUUAUGUGAGUUUGUGUUUUUUUUUGAGAAUGGGAAAAGAAUACCAGAUUUUUGGAGAGUUUGUUUUUGUUGUUUUUUAGAGGCAAAAAAACAAAUAAAUAAAUGAAUGAGAAAAACAACACAAAAAAUAAUAAUAUUUUGGAAGGAAGAUUGUAUAUAUUUUGAUUGAGAACCGGGGAAUUUUUAAAAAUGAAAUCUUUCACAAAUUUUUGAAAUUCGUAAAGUUUAGGGGAAUUUUAAAAUUGAAACAAAAUAAAUUUUUCCAAAUAUCUACCAAAAACUUUUUUUUCCAAAAACCUGCAAGUUAUCUAGUUUGCAACAUGAUUUUUGAUCGAAUCAAACAUCUUAUUUCACAUAUGUUCAUUUUUUUUCUUUUAUUUCCGGACACACCUAUCAACCCCCCCCUUUCCCCCUCGAAAAAAAGAUCAAAUGAUACAUUUUUCUUCGUCUCGUGACCGAAAUGACUGACUCGAAAAUGUAUAGUUUCAAAAUCAUCUUUUUUGUCGCCUGUGCCCCGUGUCUUUCUGUUCAUCAUCAGCUGACCUCCUCUUUUUUCUAUCUCUGCUUCUCCGGCGACAAAAACUUGCAUAUAUACAUUUUUAUUGCUCAUAUUAAACAUGAAAAAAACUGGUAGACGUGGUGUUGUAAAAACAAAAAAAAAAUACAUCUAGUUUAUUGUUAGAUGAGGCAAAAUUGUUUGAUGAUCACAUGAUUUUCGAGGAAAAAAACAACACAAACGACGAUAAAGUGCAUUUUUCUUUGUUUUGGGAAAAAAAGAGACCUGUGGCUAUUUACUUGAGGGAGGAAAAUCUAAAAAUAUCUUUAUUUAAAGAUAGAUGGAUAAAUACUUAUUGACGAAGAACAAACCAGACUUCGUCGAAUGAACUUUUAGGACAACUGGAGGAAACUUGAGAGUUUGUUUUGUCAAACUCUAGAAAAAAAUUGAAACAGGAUUUUGGAAAAAUGGGAAAAUUUGAACAAAAAUACCAUCAGUUUUGCUUCAAAAUCAUGACAAAAAUUGUUCAAAAAUUAAAUUAAAUUUUGAUCCGAAAAAUCUGAUAUCUUUCUUGAAUUCGUUUAUUAAAGAUGCGAAAAAAUAUCAAAUAAAAAUCCCCAAAAUUUCCAAUCAUCAAGAAAUUAUUUCAGGCUCGACUAAAUUCACCAGAAUUAUCAAUGUGUGUUGAUGAAGAUGUUCGUCAAUUUACACACGAAGUCGAAGAAGCAUCAUAUUCGGGUUCAGCUCCACGAAGAACUCCAUCAGUUGGUAGCCCAACAGACAGUGCAGUUCCACUUCUUCGCGCUCAAAUUGGUCUCGAUUUUUAUCAAAAAACUCGUCGGCCAUCAACAGCAUUUGGACUUGGCAUGUUUUUUGGAUCAAAUCAAGAUGAUACAAAUGGAAUGUGGGAACAAUGGAAAUUGAUUCUCGACGUUUUUCGUGUUGAUAGUUUUGAUGAGUUGCAAAAAAUGAAGCAUAGUGUGGCUGAUUCGAUUGGUGAUAUUGUUUUGAAUGUUUGUGAGCAAUUUAAUCAACCCGUUUAUACACCAACAAUGCCAUCUGCAAGUGAAGUUUCGAAUGUUUUUGAUACACGAUUCUCGGAUUGUCAACCAUAUUUGUUCAAGAUUACGAGACAAGCGGUGCCAAGUGAGUGUUUUUUUCGAAAUUUGUAAACUGAAAAUUGAAAAAAAAUUGAAAAUCCGAAAACCCAGAAUUUUUUUUCGGGAUUCGAAAAUAAAAUUUGAUUUGAUUUUUUUCACGGUUUCACUUCAUAAUAACCUGAAGCGAAUAAUCAUCAUACCACAUUUCACGGAGUCUAUUUCAAAACAAUUCAAUAUUUAUUUCAAAAUAUUUCCAAUUUUCCCGAGAUAACAAAAAUUAGUUUCGACAUUUAUUUGACCAGUUAUUUCUUUCGAAAUCUUCCAUAUUUCAAAAUCUUCACAAAACGUUAUCAUUUUCUUUUUCAGAUAUCACAUUGCGCCCCAACUUUACACAAGUCAACUUCCAACGCCUUAAAGAUGUCCUUCAAAUUUAG